CCUUCCACCACUGGCUGGCUACGGGUGCUCGUCACUGGCUCAGACACUCAGUGCAGCCCGUGCCUUCCGAGUGAACGGUAGUGUCGACGCCUCUCCUCCCACACCCUCUACUGGACACUUGACCUGUUUAUCAUCUCCACAUAAAAUAUCAUUUGCACUACGCACACAGCCUCAAGUGGACAGAGAUACCGAAAUGCAGGCACGACCACCCACUCAUACAACUGGCCUCUGCAAGUUACGCUAAUGAACGAGUCUGUUCAGCUCCCUAUAUCCUACUUCUGCCCCUCCGCACGGUAGAGGCGUCUGAGAUUUUAGAUAGAACAGAGGAAGAUGAGGGGUAGAGGCUGUGUUUAAGGAGACGACUGAACAACCACUGGGCAGACUGGAAUAUAAUCACGAUGGGUAGCUGUCUCGGGUCUUGUGGCAAGGAGGAGCCGCCCCACAACCAAAGGGAGACUGGGGGCGGUAUGCAGAUCCAGGGCAGCGUAGUGCUCAUCACAGGGGCCGCCAGAGGCUUGGGCCGCUCCUUCACCGAAGCCCUCUUAGCUAGGGGCGCCAAGGUGUGCGUGGCUGACGUGGACACAGCAACAGGGUCGGCCACGGUUCAGGAGCUCCAGGAUCAACACGGAGCUGACAACGUCAUUUUCGCACACUGUGAUGUGACCAAAGAUGAGGACUUUAAGGGAGCGUGGGAGACCACAGAGGAGAAGUUUGGCAAGGUCAACCUCCUCAUCAACAACGCGGGUAUCGGCAACGAGCAGAACUGGCAGAAGACUAUCAAUGUCAAUCUGGGCGGGUGCAUGCGGGGGACGCUGCUGGGUCUGGAGAAAUUAGGCGUGAACAAGGGUGGCGAGGGAGGUGUGGUAGUCAACAUCUCCAGCAUCACGGGUCUCAAGGCGGCGCCCUUUGGACCCAUCUAUGGUGCCACCAAGCAUGCCAUUGUCGGCCUCACCAGGAAUUUAGGGUCGGACUUUCACCUCAAGGUCAGUGGUGUCAAAGUUCAGGCGCUGUGUCCUAGUCUGGUGAAGACCGACCUUCUCGUCAACUCCAUCAAGUCUGCUUUUUCCACCGAAGUAGCCCAAGCCUUAAGCAAGUUCGCCGGCACACUCAAGGACAUGUCAGCGGAGACGGUGGCGAAUGCCUUGAUGAAGCUGCUAGAAGAGGGACGGAAUGGCGGGUGUAUGGUGGUCGAGGCUGAAAAAGACCCCUACUAUGUGGACGCUCCUCUUUCAUAAGUCUCAGCCCACUCCAUCCUUAUAUCCAAUAGCUGAAUCAUAGAUUGCCUGGUCUGACUGGAUGUUGGUCUUGUGGACCAACUAAUUAAGCCGACUUGAUUUUAUUCUGUGUUGAAGUUGUGGAUCUGCAGCUAUGGUGCAACUCAACCUAGUCACAAGGUGGAGCCUAUGGUAGUCCGGCGGAGCUGUUCACAAGGAUCUGAUGGUGCUGUCCUGGUGUGUUUGUCAGGUGUACGGUCUCUCAAUUGGCUCAGCCAGGUUAAUAUUGUUAUUAUUGUCCACUGUGUUUUUACUUUUCUGGCUAAAUAAACCGUUUCAAUAUCAAUAUAGAUUUCUCUCUCGGUAAAUAAAUCUGGAGAUUUACCAGACGAAAAUUGUCAAAAAUCGCCAACCUACAGAACGACAACUUUGUACGUUUCAAAAUACUGUACAUAUGUUGACGAUAUGUUAUUUAUAGUUACACAUAUAUCUUUUGCAAUAAUAUCAAUUUACAUAUUGCUUAAUAUAUUUUGAGCUCACCAAAACAAAAUUGUAUCAUAUUUAUCAUUGUACGCGACAGAUUGUACAUUUCCAGGCCAGACUAUAAUGCAACAGUGAUCAUACUGCGCCAAGAAUGAAAUAUUACAUUACUUUUUAUGCUAAUUAGAUUCCUUGAUAGCUCACAUCACGUGACUGUCUGUACCAGAUAUAUGAGGCAGCUUUUUGUUAGAUGGUAACGUGUGUGUAUUUAGUUUAAUGUAAAAACUAUUUUUGUAUUUGCCAAAAUACUGUAUAAGAACUAACUCAUAAGUUUUACCUUUAUUAUUCUUACAAGCAGUAGUUAUUGUACCUUUAUUACGAUUUUGUUAGCAAAAGAGUUAUUUUAGAUACCGUACAUGUUUAUACACUACCCAGUUUUACGACUUCGAGAGUUGCACAUAUACAAGCUCGUUUUUAUUAAGUCUCGUAUAUAAUGUACAAACAUUAAGUAGGGCAAUCUGUGUCAAAAUUAUCUGUACAAUAUUGCUAUUAGACUGACAUAGUUUUACAUUUUAAUUUCGAAAAUAUCUAUUUUUCGGAGAAACACCAAACAAAUAAUUGAAAACUUCACCUAAUGUUUCUAACCGAGGAAAAGGUUACGAAUAGCUUUCGAAAACACCACAACAUACUGAACACCGAAAACACCAAAGCGGCUAGCCUCUUAUGGCCUUACCUCUAUUCAAAGCCCUAAAUCUUUUUACCAUUGUCAGUAAUUUUCGGAAAUCGAAUAUAAAACUACGCCAUAUUAAUGUGUUUUCAUUAAAAAAACAUUGUUCAUCAAACAAGAAAAGACCAAACUGAAUUAAUAAAUAAUACCUUUCUA